UUACAGCAUCUAGUUCAAUAUGGGACGUGGAGAAAGAAUGUCCGCAACUCCUGCCUCUCUUACGAACCACAAACAGAAUUCCAAAUGGUCAUCUAUCACCUUACUACCCCUUCCCCAAGUGAAGGAGAACGCAACAGGUAUAACAUUCCUGACACCAAAACAUCCCAAUAUAAUCUCAAUAAAUUUUACCAAAUCAUUUCAUAAAAAACCCAAUUCAAAACUUCCCAAAAAUCCUUGAACAAAAAUGGGUAUGAUAUUAGGCAAGAUCACAGUAGAAACCCCAAAACAUGAAGUUUUACAAUCAACAAACGAGUAUGAAAUACGCAAGUACCCAUCAUCAGUUAUUGCCGAAGUAACAUAUGAUCCAACCCAAAUGAAUGGUAACAAAGAUGGUGGGUUCACCAUUUUAGCCAAUUACAUUGGCGCUUUGGGCAAUCCUCAGAACAACAAGGCUGAAAGUGUUGCUAUGACAGCCCCAGUUGUAACACAAUCAAAGGCCGAGGAUGUCGGGGAGAAGAUAGCUAUGACAGCCCCAGUUGUAACAAAAGAACAAAGGGGUGGCGUAGCCGAAGGCGGGGAAAAGAAGAUGAUAACUAUGCAGUUUAUAUUGCCUGAUAAAUAUAAAAGAGUUGAAGAUGCGCCGAAGCCGUUGGAUGAGAGGGUGGUGAUUAAGGAAGAAGGGGAGAGGAAGUAUGGUGUGGUGAAGUUUAGUGGAGUUGCGAGUGAUGGUGUGGUGAAGGAUAAGGUGGAGGGGUUGAGGAUUGCAUUGGAGAAAGAUGGGUAUAAAGUGAUUGGGGAGCAUUUGUUAGCUAGAUAUAAUCCUCCUUGGACUUUGCCAUUUUGUAGGACUAAUGAAGUUUUUAUACCAGUUGAGUGAGUGAGAUUAAAUUAGUAUAGGUUGUAAUUUAUGUUGUAAUAUUUCGUUUUUUGUGUUUUGUAAAACUAUGGAGUAUAAAUCUUUUGGUUGUCUUUUUAA